AUGAUGCCAGGCAAUGGACAGUUAACAGUUCCUCCUGGUUUCAGGUUCCACCCUACUGAUGAGGAGCUUCUCUACUAUUACUUGAGGAAGAAAGUUUCUUAUGAAGCCAUUGAUCUUGAUGUCAUAAGAGAAGUGGAUCUCAACAAACUUGAGCCUUGGGACCUCAAAGAUAAAUGUAGGAUUGGGUCAGGGCCUCAGAAUGAGUGGUAUUUCUUCAGUCACAAGGACAAGAAAUACCCGACAGGAACAAGAACAAAUCGAGCAACUACAGCUGGUUUUUGGAAAGCAACUGGAAGGGACAAGGCCAUAUACCACACUAAUUCUAAGAGGAUUGGCAUGAGGAAAACCCUAGUUUUCUACACUGGUCGUGCUCCUCAUGGCCAGAAGACUGAUUGGAUCAUGCAUGAGUAUCGCCUUGAUGAAGAUGAUGCUGACGUUCAGGAAGAUGGGUGGGUGGUAUGCAGGGUUUUCAAAAAGAAAAACCAAAAUCGAGGUUUCCAGCAAGAAAUUGAAGAAGAAGAUCACUUAACCCACAUGAGAACAGUUGGUCCUUGCCAGGUGCUAGAGCCAAAACAUCACAUGCAAGGAGGACUAUAUGACUACAACUUUGAUGGGACAAUGCACCUUCCACAGUUGUUCAGUCCAGAAUCAGCUGUUGCACCAACCACUGCUUCCUUGGCCUCAUCCAUGAAUGCCAUGGACAUACUUGAGUGCUCUCAAAACUUGUUGAGGCUGACAGGUACUGGAUGUGGACUUAAUCUUAUGCAACAACAAGGAGAGAGGUUCAGUGGUGACUGGUCAUUCUUGGACAAGCUACUAGCAUCCCACCAUGGCAUGGAUCAUCAGCAUCAUCCACAAAGCAAAUGUAACCCUCCCACUCACCAAGCUGCAACUCCUGUGGGCACUUCAGCUCAGAAAUUCCCAUUCCACUACCUUGGCUGUGACACCCAUGAUAUCAUGAAAUUUUCCAAGUAG